AUGGUGAAACGACCCUUGGGCACUCGAGGCCUGGCCACAGACCUGCCCACAGGCCUGCCCACAGACCAGCCCACAGGCCUGCCCACAGACCUGCCCACAGGCCUGCCCACAGACCUGCCCACAGGCCUGCCCACAGACCUGCCCACAGGCCUGCCCACAGACCUGCCCACAGGCCUGCUCUCAGACUUGCCCACAGGCCUGCCCACAGUAUUUAUUUUACCGGCGGUACUGUGCUCAGGCAGUAACGUGUCAGGCAACAACGUGUCAGGCAGUAACGUGUCAGGCAACAACGUGUCAGGCAACAACGUGUCAGGCAGUAACGUGUCAGGCAGCAACGUGUCAGGCAGCAACGUGUCAGGGAACAACGUGUCAGGCAGCAACGUGUCAGGCAACAACGUGUCAGGCAGUAACGUGUCAGGCAACAACGUGUCAGGCAGCAACGUGUCAGGGAACAACGUGUCAGGCAACAACGUGUCAGGCAGUAACGUGUCAGGCAGCAACGUGUCAGGGAACAACGUGUCAGGCAGCAACGUGUCAGGGAACAACGUGUCAGGCAGCAACGUAUCAGGCAACAACGUGUCAGGCAGCAACGUGUCAGGGAACAACGUGUCAGGCAGCAACGUGUCAGGCAGUAACGUGUCAGGCAGCAACGUGUCAGGGAACAACGUGUCAGGCAACAACGUAUCAGGGAACAACGUGUCAGGCAGCAACGUGUCAGGCAGUAACGUGUCAGGCAACAAAGUGUCAGGGAACAACGUGUCAGGCAGCAACGUGUCAGGCAACAACGUGUCAGGCAGCAACGUGUCAGGCAGCAACGUGUCAGGGAACAACGUAUCAGGGAACAACGUGUCAGGCAGCAACGUGUCAGAGAACAACGUGUCAGGCAGCAACGUGUCAGGCAACAACGUAUCAGGGAACAACGUGUCAGGCAGUAACGUGUCAGGCAACAACGUAUCAGGCAACAACGUGUCAGGCAGCAACGUGUCAGGGAACAACGUGUCAGGCAGCAACGUGUCAGGCAGCAACGUGUCAGGGAACAACGUGUCAGGCAGCAACGUGUCAGGCAACAACGUAUCAGGCAACAACGUGUCAGGGAACAACGUGUCAGGCAGCAACGUGUCAGGCAACAACGUAUCAGGCAACAACGUGUCAGGGAACAACGUGUCAGGCAGCAACGUGUCAGGGAACAACGUGUCAGGCAGCAACGUGUCAGGCAGUAACGUGUCAGGCAGCAACGUGUCAGGCAGCAGCAGCACUACACACUUCCCAGGUGUCACAAGCACAUCUCUUUACUUCGUCCUGCGAAAUGUAAAAUUGUCUCGCAACUUGAAAAUGCCUGGAAUACUGAUGUCGCUCCUGCUGGCGAGGACCAGCUUCCUGAGCACUCAAGACGUGAACAAUCCCAAGCAAGACGUGAACAAUCCCAAGCAAGACGUGAACAAUCCCAAGCAAGACGUGAACAAUCCCAAGCAAGACGUGAACAAUCCCAAGCAAGACGUGAACAAUCCCAAGCAAGACGUGAACAAUCCCAAGCAAGACAUGAACAAUCCCUAG